AUGUACACCCCCGCGUCUCAAAAGCGGGUGCGCGAGGUGCAGACUGCGUCGGGUCGCGGACGCCGAAAGCAACACACCGUGAGCGCGCGCCGAGCUCGUCAUCCCCAGCAUCUUCUCGACGACCGCAUCGCGCUGCUUGGCGCCGGCGAGGUGUCACGCGUGCGUGUGCGUGCGUGUGUGUGUGUGUGCGUGUGUGCGUGUGCUGCCCCGCGUGCCCGCCCCGUGACAGUGCUGUCUGCGGACUCCACGAGGACCUCCAGGGCCGCCAGGACGGUCGUGGACUUCCCCGGCGUGGACUUCCCCGGCGUGGACUACCUCCUGUGGCCGCGCGACGCGCAAGCCGCCAACAUUUUCCCCCACGACACCCUUCGCUCCCCGACUGCCACCGUGGACAACCGGGCGGCAUUGGUCGGGCUGGAGUCUCCAUGCGGCAAGAGAAGAAAAUGUGAGGUGGGCUCCGACAUGGAGGGCAAGGAGCCCAAGGAUCUGACCGCCAACAGGGCCAUGCUGUCCAGUGCCCACAUCAAAAUGAGGCUGCUGUCGCCCAGUGUGUCGCCCACUGCCUCCAGCCACUCGCCGUCCCCGCCGGCCGCGCAGGCGCCACAGUCCGUCUACAAGGCCACGGGCAUCCCCAGCGUGGCGGCCGCCUCCAGGUACACGGCGCCCGUGCACAUCGACGUGGGAGGCACCAUCUACACGUCCAGCCUGGAGACGCUCACCAAGUACCCCGACUCCCGCCUGGCCAAGCUCUUCAACGGCAGCAUCCCCAUCGUGCUGGACUCCCUGAAGCAGCACUACUUCAUCGACCGGGACGGCGGCAUGUUCAGGCACGUGCUCAACUUCAUGCGCAACGCCCGGCUCCUCAUCCCCGACAACUUCUCGGACCUGGACCUGCUGCUGGAGGAGGCCAGAUACUUCGACAUCGCACCGAUGGUGCGGCAGCUGGAGCAGAUGCAGCGGGACCGCCACCAGAGGACGGCGACGUCGUCCCUGCCGUCGCGGACGCCGGACCGCGGCACGCUGACGGGCACCCACCCCCACCACCCGCCAGGCCUCGGCGGCGCGCUGGCCCCCGCCGGCCACGGCGACGCGUACGAGUGCGUGGCGCUGCACGUCAGCCCCGACCUCGGCGAGCGCCUCAUGCUGUCCGGCGAGCGGGCUCUGCUGGACGAGGUGUUCCCCGAGACCAGCCAGGCCGUGAUGGACACGCGUCAGGGCGCGGCGUGGAACCAGCACGACCAGCGGCACGUCAUCCGCUUCCCGCUCAACGGCUACUGCAAGCUCAACUCGGUGCAGGCCAUCCAGCGCCUGCUCAACGCGGGCUUCAGCGUGGUGGCCUCCAACGGCGGCGGCGUCGAGGGCCAGCAGUUCUCCGAGUACCUGUUCGUGAGGCGCGCGCUGCCGCCCUCGUGAUGCCCGCUGCGCC